GCCUCAUCAGUUACAGAUUAUAAAUUCGAACAGCCACGAAGGGCCUUAACCCAAUUAUCGAUAUGGAAGCGGAAGAUGUGGAGGCUUUGAAAAAACUCACCCCUGAACAGCUCAUAGAGCGGUUGCUUUAUUUAAAGAGUCUACAUGAAAAAGAUACUAGAGACUUCGAGGAAUAUAAAACUAGCAGUCAGGAGAUGGAGGUGAUAAUGGAACGUGAAAUUGAAGACGCCCAGAAGGAAGCGAAGGCAGCCACGACAAAACUGCACCAACUCACUGUGGAAGCAGAACGUGCUCAUGAUAGGCACGAGGCUGAAAAACGGGAGUUUCUGAAAAUUGAGGAGGCGUUGCGGCGUGAGGUCAAACUUCUUCGUGGAGAACAAGAAUCAAACAAAGCACGAAUUCGUGAGUUAGAACAAAAGAAUGACGAUUUGGAAAGACAUGAAAGGAACAACCAGCAAGAGGUCACCGAUCUUGAAAAGAAGAUCAACGAGAUGACUGAAAAGCUCACUUUACUAGAGAAUGAACUGGCUGAAAAACAAACCACCACCGAAGAAGUAUACCGAUUACGUGAAGAAAUGCGAGCCGCUGAAAGACCUCUGCUUAUGGUGGGACCGCUCAGAGCUGAGCGUCACGAUGAUACACCUGAAGAACCGACUCCCGAACAACAAAAGCAAACGCCUCGGCAUGUGUCUUUGUCUAUAGCGUCUUCUGUGGAAGGAAGCGAGAAAAGCAACGGAGUACCCUAUGCAGUACGGCAGAUCAAGGAUACGAAUGGAAAUGAUAACCCUGAGAUUGCUAUGACGCCACUUACGAUUGCUGGAGGAGAUGGCAAAGGUUUUGCAAACUGUGUGAAUAGGAUUGUCAAGGAUCUUAUGCUGAAAGUGGAUCGGCUCGAAGGCAUCCUCACAGGGCUACGCGUGCAGUCUGUUAAGCGUUGAUUGCUCAUCUUGAAGCUUUAAGUUUACUCAGCUGUGAUUGUAAAUAAAACCGAAGAUCUGCUUGAUAUGCCAUGUCAAAGUAACGCCAUGCCGCACGAUAUCUGGAACCAAACAGUAGGCGAGUGAGGACCACAAAUGGGUUGCUUUUUAUCAUUGCGCUCACUCUUAUUAUCAGCUGCUGUAUGUUUAUCGCUAGCUGCUCUGGGUGAGAGACUUUCAUCUAGCCUGCUUCGCUUUGCUGUGGCAAAUAUAUGAUUGUUCUGAUGGGAUGUUCUCAGGGAAAUAGCCUUUCUUGUUAUUGCCUCCUGAGUAGUUGCACCUCCAACAUUAGUUCAAAACUAGCCUUUCCCACCAUUUCGUAUCAUGUCUAUGUCAGAACUCUGCAACUCAUCUGUAAUAUCUUCACCUCUUCUGGAUAUCAAAAGCCGUGUUGUGCUCGAACAAGGUAGCCACUGUUGAAUUUCAAUUGCCUCGUUCUCAUUGGCUUUCAUCGUACCUCGUCUUUGUCCCAUGUACUUGACUGGCUGUACUUGCAGAGUCUGACCAUCACACUGUAAUUACACAUGUUGUUGCAGUUAUCACUCGAUAUCGUAACAAUAGCAUUUUUGUCUUUGUCCUUGUAUCAGCUCUCUCAUAAUAAGUACACCCGCCAUUCGGAAGAUGUUAUGCUCACAAAGAUGAUUUAGCUUUCUUAAUUUGGG